CUCGAAGCAGCAAGUGACUGACAAUGGAGCACGAACAAUCUACAUCAGGAACAUCUCACCAGGCGAGUCCCGGGAUCUCAGAGAAGCUUUGAAAAAAAUGGAUUUUAUAAGAAACUACCUGCCUCUUCUCAACAAGGUGUUUAUCGAAUUUCAGUCUCUUCGUGAUGCGGAUCGCCUUGGCGUUUGGUACAGCCUUCUAAAACGGGCCACUGGCCACAAAUUGUCAAGGCUGAAAAUACCACAGUGUGGAUGUACCUCACUGCCACCAAGAUUGCCAGACAAAGCUUUGCCAGACAGCGAGUUGCUGUUGACGGGGCAGCUGUCCCAACAGAAGAUAUGAUCAUCCCACAACGCAGCACUUCACCAUAUUGGAUCACAAUGACAACUAAUCCCUUUGUGUUCCCCACUGUCGCUCCUUGGUUCACAAUCCCAGAGUAUUUAACUGUCAGGGAACCUGAUGACAUUGAGAAAGCCCAAUCUCAAGGUUCUACGUUCUCCACGAUCAUGUUGACCGGUUUGCCAGAAGGAAACUACAGACAGGAGGAUGUUGCCAAGCUGGUGUGGCGUUACGUCCCUGAUCAGACUGUUCAGACUCUGUACUACAAAAUAAUCGUUUUAUCACUGCAGAGGAGGGCCUUUGUGUUUUUUAACAGCUGGGAUGCGUGCUGCGAUUUCGCCAGAGAUUACCUCAAAGAUCCAGUUACAGUUGGAGAGUGGAUGCUCAGAAUCCACAUUGUUUUACAAGACAUGCUUCCUGGUACAAGUGAGGAGAGCAUGUAUAGAAGCAUGAUGAAAUGGAGCACCACUCAUGUUCCAGAGUCGGAGUCUCUGGAGGACCGGCUGCUGAGUGUGGAGGUCUCCGAGGUGAAUGUGGACCUUGUCAUGAUGAUCAUGGAAGUGGUGGCGUCCAUUGCUGCUUUUGUCAGAUUCUUGCCGCUUGCCAACAGGAUAUGCAUUGAGAUGGCUGAACCUGGUGGAUUAACACAGGUGAUGGAGAGCAAUGUCACCAAGGACUAUUUAUCUUCUUGGAGUAAAGUCGGACGUAUUGAGUCUUUGAAGAGUCUGAAACAGCGUCUGCAAGACUCGGGUGAGAACACACUUAACCUCGAACUGGAAACAGAGAAGGCCGCAGAAUCGACCGCUGUCCCGCAGCCAAGUGAGGAAGGCCAGAAAGCAGCAGUGAAGGAAGAGGGGCCACCACAAACUUUGGUCACUACUCCUGAUGCAAACGCCGCCCCCGCCGCUUCUAGCGCUGCUCCUUCAGCAACAAGCCCAGUCAAGUCUGAGGAAAAAGACUCAAAACUUCCUCACAUCAACGAGGACGUUUUCAUGGCCAUUACAGCGGCGCUUCGUGAGCAUAGAGAGAGUCGAGAAAGUAGGGCACAGAGCAAGGACAGAGAGAGCAAAAUCAGCAGCCCUAGUAGGGCACAGGAUGAAGACGCACCAAACAGAAAGGUUCAAGUUGAUAAUUUAGAGAAGAAAGUUUCUUCAGAGAGCCGCCCUUUUGGUGAGCCGGAUUUCAAUGUAGACGACUUUGUCACUGUUGAUGAAAUUAACGAUGAUGCAGCAGACGCAGACCCCAAUGGUGAAAGCGACUCUUCAACUAAGUCCACAAAGAAUAAAGAAAGUCAAAGCUCAGCUGCAUCUCCUGCUUCCAAACGAACCUCAGCAGGGUCCUCCAAAGACUCCAGCAGCUCAGCCUCUCCCUCAUCCAAGCCCACGAAAUUUUCUGAGAAAAGCAGUUCAACCUCCUCACUACGAAAAAGUAAAGACUCAUUUGACUCCACCAAACCCGAAUCCUCUGUGAGUGUCAGUAAGCCUGUUUCCUUUUCUGGUGAGAAAACGCAGCCAAGCAAACCUCCAGACAAAUUGUCGCAUUCUUCGUCCUCGGGUUAUAGGACCCGUUCAUCAAAAAUGGCAUCAACCACUGCUGCAGAGCUAACAGAGGAGAGUGCAGCAACAAAGUCUGACCUCAAAGUGUCAGCAAAGGAAAAUCAAACUAAAGUGGAAACAUCAUCAGAGACACAGCCACCUGCAGAGGGAGCGGGAUUAGGGAUGAAGAGCCAAACACAAACUCUGGAGACUGAAUGUAAGGAUGACGCACACAAAGAGUCAAAGAAAAGCAAAGGAGAUGGGGAAAAAGACAAUGUGGGGAAAUAUCCACAGGAGGAGGAGGAUGAUGGUGAAAGUUACCAGAUCCUUGAUUCGAUCGACGAGCUAACAGAUGAACAAAUAGAUGAAGACUCAAACCAAGAGACUAAAACAGAGUCAUCAGGGCCUGAGCAAACCCAGAGUUUGCAUGAGGGGGAAAGUCAGGUCUUGAACAGCAUUGAUGAUAAAGGCUCAGAGGAGUCCAGUAAAACAGAAACGGAUGCUCCUCUCUAUGUGAUAGACAACGUUAGUGAAGACCAAGCCAGUACAGUCCAAGCGGAUAGUCAUCUGGUCAAAGAUGAAGGUACCACAGCAAAGCAGCUGUCUGAGGAAAAGAUUCAAGAACCAGAUGCAGCUGAUAAAAAAGAAGGGUUGGAUCCAAGCAUGAACCAAACUCCAAGGUCCAGUGGAGAUGGAAAAGAAAUGAAUGAGGAGAUGCUCUCAGAAAAAUCAAGCAAAGCUUCCAAAGCAUUUUGCCAAACUCCAAAUAAUGAAGAACAAGAAAACAAAGGCAGUUCAGCAGAUGUUACUAAACAGAAAGCCUCUGAGAAGUUAGAUUCAGUCAAUGAUUACACCAGAGGAGAAGAUGACGAGAAGAAACGUAAUACUUCGAAAGCAGUCACUGAAGGAACUGAAGAAGAGGAAGAAGCUUACCAGGUAAUUGAUUCUGUGGAAGAAGAGCCACUGACCACAGAGACCGAGGCAGAGGCUGAGAACAAGGAGGAAAAAACCAAGAAAGACGUUGAAGUGGCUAAACGAGCUGAAAGACCAACAAGGAGGGGUAGACCGAGAACAAGAACAUCUAAAAGAGAGGAGAAAGAGACACAGGAGGAGAUGAUCUUUGAGGUAGUGGAUUCUGUUGAAGAUGAAUUUGUUCAAGAUGUCUCCACCACAGAGAGGCCUGGUAGAAGGAGGUCGGCCAGAGGAAACAAAGAAGAUAAAAAGACGCCAACUUCCACAGUUGCAUGUAUAAAAACCGUCAGGGAAGAGGAAUCUACGUCUGAGAUCCUAGACUCAGUGGAGGGUAAGGCUGCCAUGAACGAACCAACCAUCACAACAAGGUCAACCAGAGGAAGAAGAGAAACUAAAGAAGACGUCUCAAAAAAAGACAAGACACCAACGAGAAGGAGGCCGACACCUGCCAGAGAUUCUCAGGAACCAAACAAGGAGGAACCUCAGCAAGUGAAAGAGAGCACACCAACAAAGAAGAGCGAGGGGAAUGCCACCUUUACAAUAGUAAACCCAGUGCAGGAUGAAGUUAUUAAGGAUGAACGGGCCAAAACUCCGGAAAAAAGAAGAAGGGGAAGACCAAAGAAGGACACUAAAGUAACUAAAAAACAAGCUGCCAUGAAGAAUGCGGCAUCUAGUAAAGUGGCUGAUGAGGAGGAGGCCAUUUAUCAGAUUGUUGACUCGGUUGAGGAUGAGACGGCUGACAAUGAGCCUUUGAAAGACCAGAAUACAGAAGAGCCAACAGUGCCUAAAGACGAUAAAGACUCAGCAUCGCCAAAGAAUGCAGAUGAUGAGGAGGUGGUCGAUAAAGAGGAGUGUUUGGAUCACACUGCUGAGGUUAGUGAUGCUCUAUCUGCUGAAGACGAGUCUGGUACAGCAACGAAGGAAGAGAAGCCAAAAACAAAUACUAAAGAGGCCACUGGGUCCCAAAGUGAGGCUGCUGCACCAGAAGAAAAAACAAAUCUGGAGGAAGACACCCUGGAGCUGGUCACUCUGGAUGAGGUGGGAGCAGAUGAUGCUGGGGAGGAAAGAGCAGUGGAGGGUCAGGACUGGAGCAGGGAGAUCACCAAGGGAGAACCUGCAGAGCUCAUCACUCUGGAUGAGAUUGUUGAAGAAGAAGAAGAGGAGGAGGGGGAAAAGGCAGAGGAAAGCACAGUGGAGCCCCGCCCACCAACACAGGAGAGCCAAUCGGUGGAGGCCGCAGACAUAGAGACUUUUGCGACAGCAGCUGAGGUAGAAGAGGAAGCAGAGAAGACAUCAGGAUCUGCUAAACGCAAACAUGAUGAAACGG